UCACAUCAUAGGAAAGCAUUCGACAACCAAUUCCUCCCAUCCACAACUUCCAUCCAUCGACCUCAUCCAUUCCAUAUUCAUCUCAUAUCUACGGACCUGCAGCCCCUCCGCUUUUUUACUAAAGGCGAAUCAUGGAUCUCGACCCAAAACCCAUCCCCGAGUUCCUUGCCCAGCAACGAGAUGAAGUUGCCCCGCCCAAUCUUCAGAGCCUCUUCUUGGAGUUUGAGGAUUUCUGGGAACGCCGCUUGUGGCAUCAACUCACUGAAGCUCUUUUGAAGUUUUACGAGAACCCAGAAAGUACCCCCCAGCGCAUCCCGAUAUACAAGCACUUUGUCUUGUCAUUCUCGGAUAAGAUCAAUCAGUUGAAGUUUGUAACUCUAGGGUUGUCAGCCGCUAGGGAGAGCAAAGAUAAUGAUGAAGCUUUGGAGUUUCUUACCACGAUUGCUGCAAAGGUCAACAAGCCCACCUCUAAGGAUGCCUACGUCUAUGCUACGGUGGAAGUUGCUAGGGUCAAGCUGCUUCUAGCAGAUAUGGAGGGCGCAAGGAAGGCGUUAGAUGAAGCGGAAAAGAAUCUAGAAACAUUUGAUUCUGUGGAGUCUGUUGUUCAUGCCUCAUUUUACCGUGUGAAUGCCGACUACUAUAAUGCCAAGCUCGAGUUCGCUGCUUACUACAAGAACGCACUUCUAUACCUUGCCUGCGUAAAUGUUGCCGACUUGAGUCAGAUGGAGCAACAGGAACGUGCCUAUAACCUUGCUAUCGCCGCUUUGUUAGGGGAGUCUAUAUACAACUUUGGAGAGCUGCUUCUACACCCUAUACUCGACUCGCUGAAGGGUACCGAACACAGUUGGCUUCGCGACCUUUUAUUUGCUUUCAAUGCGGGAAAUCUCACUCGGUUCCACGGACUCAGUGGUCAUUUUUCCAAACAGCCACUUCUCGAGGGCCGGUCCUCGUUUCUUCGCGAGAAGCUCUGUUUGUCAGCUCUCACGGAAGCUGUCUUUCGCCGACCCCCCCAUGAUCGCGCCCUGAGCUUUGCGACUAUCCUGGAUGAGACAAGAGUUUUCCCCGAGGAAGUUGAGCAUCUGCUCAUGAGGGCGUUGAGUUUGGGGCUUGUCCGUGGUAGUAUCGACCAGGUAGCUGAGGUAGCCAGGAUCUCUUGGGUACAGCCCAAGGUAUUGGACAAGGAGCAGAUCGAGAAUAUGAAGCAGAGGCUGAUGGAAUGGGAUGGGAGCGUCAAUAAACUUGGCAACUGGAUGGAGAGCAGGCUGGUUGCCGGGGCAUAGACUAAUAUUGUUUGUUUCUACGAUCAGUUUCCAUUACCGUAGAAUAUACAUAAAAAGAGGCCAAUUUUGACUUGUCAAAAGUUA